AUGUCACUCGCUGAGUACAUGGUAUGGCGAGCUCGUUGGACUUAUCGGUUCGGGAUCAGAAAGGAGGAGUACGGUCCAGAAGAACGGGAGUAUUUGACAAGAAGAGCUCUGAAGUUAUCGGAGGAAGAUUGGCAUAUGGUUGACGACACCGAGAGGGAACAGCUACUGGAGAAGAGAUUAUAUGAGGGAGAUAAUCUACAACAAUACUUGAAGGAGAAAGAGCGCGAGGAGCGAGCACGGUUGGAGAAGAGUGGUGCUUAUAAACGAUAUCAACGCAUCAAACGAGCAGGCCCUACAUCCUACAAUUAUAACGAGGAUUGA